AUGUCUACCCCAGACGACCUCCCUUGGCCGGAGCUGGGCAACGUCUCUCGUGGUGCGACUCGAGGAAAUCAAGGCCAGAAAGGAGUCCUCGGGCCUCCGGACAGAGAUGGUCGAUGUCUUCUACAACUACGCGUCCAACCGGGUGUUCUCGCCGUCAAACUGAAUCGACAGGCCAGCGAGUGGUAUCGAAUGCUCGAUAACGAGGUCAAUCGCGCUUUGAAGCUCACAAAGACAUACUGGAGAAAGGCGAGACGGAGGCAAGAUUACGACGCUCGAGCAGAUCAAGACCACAUGGAACUCCACGAAUGGCUUCAGCAACUCAAAGACAAGACAAUGAGCCAUCUCGAACUGCUCAUGCAGAAAGGCGACAUCCAAGGACCACCUUAUGUUAUGCCGGAUGAUGUCGAACUCACAUUCCUCCGAAAAUUCGUCGAACGCCAGAACGCGGGCAUCCCACACAAUCCACGCCUCCGGAAUACACCUGGGGCAGCAGAACUGUACACCCACCGCGAACAUUCCGCAGAGUCUUUUUCACCCGAACCCUCAGAUCAAGGCUUCAUUGACCCCCAACACUCACAUCCUGAUCGACAAACGAACGACAUCGUGGCUCAACUCUCUCAUUCACGGGCGUCUGAAUCGCCUUCACUCUUGACAGCUGAAGCACUGGCAGCCGAGGCAAAUUCAUCAAAACAAACAUUACAGGCUGCCCGAGUAGCGUUGCUACGCGCACAGAAAGACACUCAAGAUGCGUUCAUGCGUUACACAUCAUGUCUUGACCUCGAACGUCAAGCUCGACAGGCGGUGCAAGCAGCAGAGAAGAGACGUGACGAUAUCGUCGCAGUGAUACUCCAACGAAACCAGCUCGCAUUGGUCGACGCCCGGUCACGCAAAUCUUCAGUAUCGGAAGAACAACGACAUAGUCCUGCUCGCUAUGGCCUGGAGCAACCUCCCCCACCACCACAGCAACCACAACAACAACAUCAGCCUCAACCACAAGACAUGCGACACUCGUUAGAUCCGUUUAUUCACGCGGCGCGCGUACCGCAAAAGCCGAUGGAAUGGCCAGAGCCAGAUCCCAAUCAAGUGGUGUAUAACACCGAUGGCUCACUGCAUCUCGAGGACCAUUCGAGAGCUAGGAAACACUCGCGAACUUGGGACCAACCGCAACUCCAAGACAACCCAUAUGCAACAUGCGAGGAUAUGUCUAUGCCGCCUAGGAAGCGCAUCCACCACAUGAUGACGGAGUUCGAUGUCAUGGGAGCCUCUCUUCAACCCCCAAACAUGUCAUUAGCCCCUUCAUAA